CUGUGGCGGCUCGGGCAGGCCGCGGGCGCCGGAGGUGGAAGAAGAAAGGUGCCACUUUGGCAUGAAGACAGACUCGCUUAGUCGUCAGUCAUUUAAGCUGAGUGCAUUGUGAUUUCCAAUAAUUGAGGCAGUGGUUCUAAAAGCUGUCUACAUUAAUGAAAAGAGCAAUGUGGCCAGCUUGACUAAGCCGCCAGCGUGUGCAGCGCGGGCAGGACGGCACCCGGGUCUCGACGGACUUGUGCAUGUUAGCUGUAUAGAUUUAUGUAAGGUCUUUUAAAACUCUGGUCUUUAAAAUAGUCUUAACGCUUUUACUAUGGAGACAUAUGAGAGUCCCUCUCCUCUCCCGCGUGAGCCCGCAGGAGAAGUGGUGAUGGAGAACCGAGCUUGCCCCCUCCAAGCGCUGCCCCGUGAACAGUCUCCACCACCUCCCCUGCAAACGUCCAGUGAUGCAGAGGUAAUGGACGUUGGCUCUGGUGGUGAUGGACAGGCCGAACCCCCUGCUGAGGACUCGCUCAACUUCUACGGAGCUUCUCUUCUCUCCAAAGGAUCCUUCUCUAAGGCCCGCCUCCUCAUAGACCCGAACUGUAGUGGCCACAGCCCGCGCACCGCCCGGCACGCACCUGCGGUCCGGAAGUUCUCCCCUGACCUUAAGUUGCUUAAGGAUGUAAAGAUUAGUGUGAGCUUUACCGAGAGCUGCAGGAGUAAGGACAGGAAGGUGCUGUACACAGGAGUGGAGCGCGACGCUCGUGCAGAGUGCGGUCGGGCCCUUAGCCCUGUCAGUGGAGACGUGCAUGCUUGUCCCUUUGGCGGGAGUGUUGGUAAUGGGAUCAGUGUAGGGGGUGAGAGUGCUGAUAAGAAGGAUGAGGAGAAUGAGCUGGAGCAGGAAAAGAGAGUGGAGUAUGCAGUGCUGGAUGAGGUAGAAGAUUUUACUGACAAUUUGGAGCUAGAUGAAGAAGGAGCAGGCGGGUUCACGGCUAAAGCCAUCGUGCAGAGAGACAGAGUGGAUGAAGAGGCCUUGAAUUUCUCCUAUGAGGAUGAUUUUGACAACGAUGUUGAUGCUCUGCUGGAAGAGGGCCUUUGUGCUCCCAAAAAGAGACGAAUGGAGGAGAAAUACGGAGGAGACAGCGACCAUCCGUCUGAUGGAGAGACAAGCGUGCAGCCAAUGAUGACCAAGAUUAAAACAGUACUCAAAAGUCGUGGCCGCCCACCUACGGAACCAUUGCCCGACGGGUGGAUCAUGACAUUCCAUAACUCCGGAGUCCCCGUGUACCUACACAGAGAGUCCCGGGUGGUCACCUGGUCCAGGCCGUACUUCUUGGGAACGGGAAGCAUACGGAAACAUGACCCUCCUCUGAGUAGCAUCCCUUGUCUACAUUACAAGAAAAUGAAGGACAAUGAGGAGAGAGAGCAGAACAGCGAGCUUACCCCAAGUGGGGAGGUGUCCCUUGUCAAGCCGCUGAGCCGAUCUGCAGAGCUGGAGUUCCCCCUGGAAGAGCCUGACACUGUGGGGGCCGACCCAGGGCCCCCAGAUGAGAAGGACCCGCUGGGGGCCGAGGCUGCCCCUGGGGCCCUGGGGCAGGUGAAGGCCAAAGUCGAGGUGUGCAAAGACGAAUCGGUUGAUCUUGAGGAGUUUCGGAACUACCUGGAGAAGCGCUUUGACUUCGAGCAAGUUACUGUGAAGAAAUUCAGGACUUGGGCUGAGCGGCGACAGUUCAACAGAGAGAUGAAACGCAAACAGGCUGAGUCCGAGAGGCCCAUCCUGCCAGCCAAUCAGAAGCUCAUCACUCUAUCUGUGCAAGAUGCACCCACAAAGAAAGAGUUUGUCAUUAACCCCAAUGGGAAAUCAGAGGUCUGCAUCCUGCACGAGUAUAUGCAGCGUGUCCUCAAGGUCCGCCCCGUGUAUAAUUUCUUUGAAUGUGAGAACCCAAGUGAGCCUUUUGGUGCCUCGGUGACCAUUGAUGGUGUGACCUAUGGAUCUGGAACUGCAAGCAGCAAAAAACUUGCGAAGAAUAAAGCUGCCCGAGCUACGCUGGAAAUCCUCAUCCCUGACUUUGUUAAACAGACAUCUGAGGAGAAGCCCAAAGACAGUGAAGAGCUCGAGUAUUUUAACCACAUCAGUAUCGAGGACUCACGGGUCUACGAGCUGACCAGCAAGGCCGGACUGUUGUCUCCCUAUCAGAUCCUCCACGAGUGCCUUAAAAGAAACCAUGGAAUGGGUGACACAUCCAUCAAGUUUGAAGUGGUUCCUGGUAAAAACCAGAAGAGCGAAUAUGUCAUGGCGUGCGGCAAGCACACAGUGCGCGGCUGGUGUAAAAAUAAGAGAGUUGGAAAACAGUUAGCCUCUCAGAAAAUCCUCCAGCUCCUGCACCCGCACGUCAAGAACUGGGGGUCUUUACUGCGUAUGUAUGGCCGCGAAAGCAGCAAGAUGGUCAAACAGGAGACCUCCGACAAGAGCGUGAUUGAGCUGCAGCAAUAUGCCAAGAAGAACAAGCCGAACCUGCACAUCCUGAGCAAGCUGCAGGAGGAGAUGAAGAGGCUGGCCGAGGAAAGGGAGGAGACACGGAAGAAGCCCAAGAUGUCUAUUGUGGCAUCUGCACAGCCUGGUGGCGAGCCCCUCUGCACUGUGGAUGUGUGAGGGAGGUGGUGGGGCCUGGUGCAGGGGGCUGCCAGCUCCACUGCUGGAGAGACCACACGCGACUCACUGCAGCCUCAGGCCUCCAAUCUGAGUUCCUUCCCCGCGGCUGCGUGUCUUGAGGGCCAGGGCCGGAGGGGUGGGGCUCCGGUGCACGGGGACAGCCAAGGCCGCAGCUCUUCCUUGGGAGCCGCCCACAGGUCUGAGUGGACAGGUUCAAAGAUGGACUCAGCCUGCACUCACAAGUGGAAGCCAAGAGCUUGAAGACAACUGUGGACCUCUGCUUGUAUGGAUUUGCUGCAGACUGGUUUUAUGAAGGUUUUCAUGAAUUUUAGUACAUAAUAUGCACUGAUAAGAAAUGAUAGUUUAAUGACAGAUGAAAUGAGAAAGUGACUCCUGAGUCUGUGGUGCUCUGUGCCCAGGGCUCCUGUGGGCCAGUGCAGGGACCUGGUCAGAAGGCACACGCUGGCACCCCAGUCCCUUCCCUGCCUCCUUUGUUUUCCCCUUUUCUCUGAAAAAGAUACAACGAGAAGGAGUAUUUCAGUCCUUUUUCGUUUAAAAUAAACACAAUUUUAGCAUCAGAACUAUUUUUCAGAGGUUUCAGGCAAACCAUCAAGGUGAUGAUUCUUCAUCCUUGUAAUGUGUUGCCAGUGUUAGUAUGAGGUCUGCCAGUCUCCACCUGGCUUGUUGCCCUGGCCCUGGGGCUGGGGUGUGGUCCAAUUUUCUGAGCAAGUCUUAAUGCCCUAAAAACACACCUUAGACACUGAGGCCCCUCACCUUCGCUGGCCUCUGGCAACUUUUUACUAAAGAUUUUUGCACAGUCACGUCCAUCUAUCCACUCAUCAAUUUUUAAAGCUUUUAUGAUAUUUUAGCAUUUGGAAAGAAACUUUUACAGUGAGAGUAGAAGAUAGAUUUGGAAUCAUGUAGCAGAUAUAUAAACAAUUAAUGCAGUUUAGCACGUAGACUUAUUUAAAAAAGAAAACGAGGACCUUCAGUGCAAUCCCUUCUUGAUCACAAACUGGCGCUCCUCUCCAGAGCUGGCGCAAGCAGGGGGAGGGCGGCUGUCCUGCUCCCUGUGACAAUGGCUUCGCUGGGUUUCCAGGGCAGCCGCCCCGCACAGCCAGGCCUAGUGACCAGCUUGCUCCUCUGACCAGCAGUCUUGUGUUCUCCAGGUGACCUCUGUGGACAGGUGCAGGGCCGGAUGUGUCCCCUGCCCUGAGUCCCAGGGGAUGUGGUUGUGCUUGGGGCCCUGGGUUGUCCCCACGUGCAAGGUAACGGUGAGCCGUUGGCUCCCUGUGCCCAGCACUUGUUCACAGUGCCAUGUACUUGUGGCGCACUGCUGGAUGCAGGAGCCCAGCACUGGGCUGCACUGUCCUGGUCCACGGGUAUGCCACUCGCCCACCACAUCCCCCGUGGGUGGGGUUGAUGGCAUUUGUUUUCAGGAAGACAGUGUCGGCCUUGUGGGCCAGCCACAGUGUAUCCUUCCCUCACCACCUGUGUGACCAAGGUUGGCUCCUGUGUUGAUCUUUAUAAAACAAACUCUCAAAUCAA